UUCCUUUUCCCUCCUUGCUUGGAUCUAUAAAUUAUCCAUCUUCCCCAUCACAUUCACGCCAAGCAACACACUCUUUCUCCCUCUGUGUUUUGCCUUCCAUCCCUUUCUCUCUCUAUUACGUCUUCGGACCCAACUCCAUCAUCAUUGUAUGGCCGCCAAUUCCAAGAGCCGAGGCAUCACCAGCUUGGGGAAACGAGUCGCCAACCAGAUCUGGACUCACAACUCGCCUCUCGCAACUCGCGACCUUCCUCCCUCUGCCUCUGCUCUCGCUGUCAGGAGGGCGGCCUACAGUACACUGUACGAGAAAAAUUUUGAUGAUCAAGUUCGUCCAACUGUAGUUCCGGACGAUGUAAUCCAAGCAGCCCAUUCCGACAAAUAUUGGGCUCCACACCCACAAACUGGGGUAUUUGGGCCUCCAACCGACAAUAUCUCUCCUACUCCUACUGCUUCCUCUGCCACCGGAAGCAACAACUUCCACCAAUCGUCGACCACCGCCAAUGCCGGUGCAGCCUCCGUGCUGGAGGAGAAGGCCUGGUUCCGCCCAACUAGCCUGGAGGACUUGGAGAAGCCACACCACUUUGCUUAAGCUUUGAUACUACUACUCCUCCUUUAAACAUAUUUAUAUAAAUAAGGUGCUAGUAACUAAACUGGAGUGGUGUGGCGUGGUGUGGUGUGGUGUGGUGUGGUGUGGUGUGCUUUGGUUGCUUUGGGUGUUAUAUGCUUGCUGAGGAGGUUGCAGUAUAUAUAGCUGCUACUCAUGAACAGCAUUAUGUACGAGUGGCUCUUGCUUCGCUUUUUAUGGACCAUUCGUAACGAUAAUAAAUCCAUAGUUAUCCUUAUCAUAAUCA